AUGGGGCCCCUAGGGAAUCAGCUGUACCCUCUGGACUCCGCCGUUAUAUGUGAGACGGAGAGAGGGGGGGGCUUGCAGCAGCGAAAGCUAUCGAGAGGGGGGGCCCCCCUUGGGGGCCCCCCUCCUCCUCCGCGCAUCGGUAGCACUGAAGUGUACAGACACCCCGCUGCACAGCCUGGGCCUCCUGCUGCUGAAGUGAUAACAGUUGAUGAUGACGAUGAGGAGGAGGAGGAUGAGCUUCCUGCUGCUUCUUCUUCUGCUCCGGCGACUGCUUGUAGCAGUGCUCAGCAGCAUCAGCUGAACGGCACCAGCAGCAACAGCAGCAGCAGCACUAGCAGCAGCAGCAGCAGCAACAGCAGCGAGAAGAACUCCGUCAACGUUGCUUUACGCUGCGCCAGGGGGAAUGACAUUGCUGCUGAGGAUGCAUCAUCUAGCAGCAGCAGCAGCAGCAGCAGCAGCUAUUCUCCCGUUGCAAGUAGUUCUGCUGCAGCCUCUUCUUCUCCUUCUUCCCCUGCUGCUGCUGCUGCUGGUGCUGCUGCUGCUGCUGCUGCUGCUGCUCGGCCGUUCAGCGGCGCACACAGCAAGAGUGUAUGGAUUCAGGGGCGUCAACGCCCCGAGCAGCUGGAGCGGUAUUUGUUAGAUAUAGAGAAGAAAGAAGCAGUGGGUAAGGUUUCUAUGAGGGGUGUUGUGUUUCCAUCAGCAGCAGCAGCAGCAGCGUUUGUUGCUGCUAUAUCUAAGCUGCCCCGUAUUACUUCUCUUACAUUCAACUCACCAGAGAUGCCCCACGAUCAACUUGCUGCUGUCUGCUGCGGUGUAUCUACAUGUCGUUCUCUUAAUCAUUUCGACUGCAACGCUAUAGGAAGCAAACCUAUGCCUCCUGCUGCUCUUCAGCUGCUGCUGCUGCAGCUGCAGCAGCUACCUGAUCUACGAGAGCUUAACCUCUCAGGCAACGAUUUCGGUGCUGCUGCUGCUGCUGCUGCUGCUGCUGCUCCUAUUUCUGCUGCUGCUGCUGGUGGUGGUGGAGGGGGAGGGGGAGGGAGUGUCACUGCAGCAGCAGCACCAGCAGCAGCAGCAGCAGCAGCAGCAGAUGGUAUUGAGUUGAUAAAGGGUCUUCUUCUUAGUGGUGUUCUCUGUCUGCUAGCGAGAGAAUGUAGCUUCAGCUGCGUGCUGCUGCAGCAGCUGCUGCUGUGGGUCCUCAAUAGCUGCCACUGUCUGCGGCUGAGACAAAUAGAGCUGGGGGCCUCCACCAAGAUACUACACUCUAUCUUACCGGGAGAAGUCUUCGAUGAAGAGCUGCUGCGUCGGGUGUCUCGACUGUCAAAGGCGACGUGGAGAAUGGGCAAGGUUAUAGGAGACUACGCCCCUUCAUUUAGAGCUGUUAAUCUAUGGAAGCCCUACAUGACUCACACCUUUUGGCUUUACUGCCUCCUGGAUGCGAUGCUGGCAUCUAGCGUAGGAGCAGCAGCAGCAGCAGCAACACCAGCAGCAGCAGCAGCAGCAGCAGACGGCAACUCGAAGGGAGGGGGGGCCCCCAAGGCAACAGAAACCUCUUCAUCACACCUGCAGCAAUCUGCUGCUCCGGGGGCCCCUCAGCGUUUGCCUCGUACGAAGCAGCAGCAGCAGCAGCAGCAGCACCAACAGCAGCAGCAGCAGCCGCAGCAGCGGCAGCAGCAGCAACGACAGCAGGAACAGCAGCAGCAGAAGCAGUAG